AUGGAUAUAGAUAUUGAUGAUAUUUUGGCGGAACUAGACCGUGACACUACAGCAGUUGCCUCGAGCAGUGGACAACAUGGGUUUUUGGAUGCGAAUAGUAGUAUGCAACAUGUUACACAGACUACGGCUUUUGAUUCAUCAUUGCCUCAUGCCAAUAAUUUACAGAAGGACUAUUCACCUGUCACGCCGGAGCAAGAUUACCUACAACUGUUGAAGCACUGGAGAAAUGAAAGGUGUGCUCCUGAAUUACUGCCUUUACCAAAACUACUAGUAUCUAGGAUGUUGAAAAGAAUACAGGAUCAAAUGGAACACAUCGAGAACAUUUCCAUGGGUUUUCUAGAGCAUGAGAUACUGGAGAAAGAUGGAGAAGAAGCAAUUGGUCAAAACGAAUAUCAAAAUAAUGCUCUAAAUAAUGGCAAACUUCCGUUGCUAUGUAUGGAAGCAGAAUUAGAGCGUGUCAAGUUUGUCAUGAGAAGUUAUCUACGAUGUCGUCUGAAUAAAAUUGACAAAUAUAGCUUAUAUCUACGUCAGUUAGGUGAUCAAGGUAUAAAUCUCAUAUCUUUGGAUGAAUUAAUGUCUGAGCAAGAAUUAAAAUAUCACGCCAAGCACUCAGUUAUUCUUUUGAAGUUACUUAAUAACUCAAUUUUGAGGCAUAUGCCCCCAGAGUUACAAGCCAUAAAUGACACAGAGGGUAGCGUAAGCAUGAUAGAAGAACCAAAUUGGAAAAAAUUUGUUUUUAUAUACGUUAAUGGUCCAGCCAAUGUAGCCGAUGAUCCUCAGUUGCAACAGAGCGAGGAUGGCAAGUACUAUUAUAACAUUACUAUCCCCGAGUUUGACGAGAUUGUAGAACUAACAACUGGCAGUAUAUAUGUGAUGAGAUAUGAUAUUGUUAAGGACUUGCUGAGAGACGGUAAGGUAGAACUAAUAUGA